UAGUUGUCUCGAAAAGAUUUCCCUUCUAUAAAAAAUUUGAAAAACAACAAAGCGACGACGUAAAAGCGCGUGAAAGGGUACUGAGCCUGAGCCUGAGCCUGAGCCUCUGCGAUAAAUAGAUCAUCAUCAUCGUUCUCUCCUUCCCUUCUUCUUCUGUUACGAAAACCUCUGACACAUUCACUCAUUAUUUCAUUAGCCAAUCAACAAUUGGCUGAGUUGUUCUUCACUAUCUGUCUACUCAAACGAAACGACAUCGCAUUAAUUUUAGUGUACGAGUUGGAUCUGCUUUGUAAAUAUUAGGCUAGAAUGGGCAGUAAAACGGCGUCGUCGACGACGAGCAACCGAGAGUGGAGACAGAUCUACGCAAUCUACGGGAUGGAGCAGUGGCAGACGUUAGUGUUUUUGUUGUGUCACGCGAUUUUGUUCUCCGUUUUAUCGGUUCUUUUACUCGUUUAUUUCGAGCCGAUAUGCGUGACGUUUCACUCCUAUCUCAGCCUCGGCGCGGCGCGUUUUGCCGCCGGUUUUGGCGGCGCGUUCCUGGCUCUCUCGGCUGUGUGCUUGUUCUUCGCGGCGGGGAAUUUUUUCUACUCCGCCGUGCCGUUGCAUUACGACAUGGCGCAGCGCAUGGUCGGGUCGGUCGCCGACUGGUCUACGGUGAAGAUGGCGCUUGAUAUUGGCUGUGGGAGGGGGAUUUUGCUGAAUACGGUGGCCACUCAGCUUAAGAAGACUGGCAGUUCGGGUCGGGUCGUCGGGUUGGACCGCUCUAAACGGACCAGUCUCUCCACUCUCCGAACGGCUAAUAUAGAAGGUGUACAAGAAUACGUGACAUGCAGGGAAGGCGACGUUAGGAGUUUGCCAUUUGGGGAUAAUUAUUUUGACGUGGUGGUGUCCGCCGUGUUCUUCCACACGGUGGGGAAGGAGUACGGCCACCGCACGGUCGAAGCCGCGGCCGAGAGAAUGAGAGUGUUAGGAGAAAUGGUCAGGGUUUUGAAGCCAGGUGGCGUUGGCGUCGUGUGGGACCUACUACACGUACCAGAAUACGUCCGGCGAUUACAAGAAUUGAAAAUGGAAGACAUAAGGGUUUCUGAGCGUGUAACUGCCUUCAUGGUCAGUAGCCACAUGGUAUCAUUCCGGAAGCCUAGUCAGCAUUUUGCUGGCCCCGGCGAGGUCCGACUAGACUGGAGAAUUUGACUUGGCAAUACACACCAAAAACCCAAAGUCAAAUUUGAAAUGACCAAAGAAAUUAUAAAAUGUAUACAUAUAAUUAGUCUUUUUUUUUUUUUUUUUUUUUUUUUUAAUUUUUAGUUAAAAGAAAAAGAAAAAUCUGGGGAGACGAAGCCGACCCAGAUGGUUUGAUGAAUGAGAUAUAUAGUUGUAAUUUGAAGUUAAUGGUUAGUUUCUUUCAGUCCCAGAACUGAAUUUAAGAGUGAAGCUUUUGGUAGUUCAAAGUUUGUUCAAAUCAAAUUGAUUGAGAUGUACAAAAUUUUAUGACAUUUAAUGUGUUAUUUAUUUAA